UCGCGAAAAACGCCGGCGUGGCCGCUCUCAGGCUUCUCUCUGGUAUAACUCAACGACAAAUCAGCCAAAUGUUAUUUUCAAGAGCGUGUUUUAACGACAAGAUAAACGACUGUUUAUGAGCAAGCAGUACGAUUCAACAGCACGUCAGCCGAGCUGCAUCUUCGAUGAGCUUAACGUGUUUAACGCGUUGAACGAUGUGUUAAAGGAACUUUUAUCUAUUAAACUUGCAUGACAUUGGAGUUUCUCGAUUGAUUUAGUUGCCUCCAAACGAUACGCAUAUCUUGUGUCAAUUUGCACGAGAUAUAUCUUGCGUAAAUCUUGUUAUAUUUCGGAACGCGCUUUUGCAGGAACGUCAAAAGUGCGGACUGUGCGGAUUUGCGAUGUGAGGUGAUCGGAGGUAACUGAAAAUCAAAUUGCGUCAGUGAUUUUCCGCAGAGUGACACAAAUGGCAGGCGUUUAAUCAAGAGUCAAUCGAACACGAUGAUGUACAAGUCGAAUGGAUGCAGAAUGUCUACGAGUUCGCUGAAGUCUCGUACAUUUCGUACGGUUGCACGUACUAGAGAUUCCGUCGUUGACGAGGAUGAAGAAGUGCUGCUGAAUGAAUAAUUUGCACAUGACUUUCGAAUGGAAAGGCAAAACAAUGCGAGUGAUUGUCGGUUGAACAAUUUCCAAGGAGCAUCUCUUUGUACCUUCCUUCGUAUUGCUCAAGAGAGAUGCGCUUCUCACAGAAUACUGCUCAUACUUUUCAAUAAUUUUUGGAAGUUAUCCAAAUUUACGCGAUUAACUGCGAGAAUAAUUUCAAGAUUGUACUAUAAAUUACAAUUAUUCUCGCUUUUUGCUUUUAUGAUUAAUUAUUUAUUUCUAUAUAUUGAACGUUCACAUAUCAUCGUAAAACAAUAAGAAUAAAAAGAGGAUAUUUAACUUUUGACUAUGAAACAGAUGCUGUUGGAGCAUCAGUAGUAUAUUGAAACAAGAUAUAUCUAUUUGAUCACUCCGAUAUUAUACACUUUAUGAGAUACUCCUUUUAUAAAUAUCAUUCAGUAUGGAUAAUAUUUGGAGAAGUAUAAGAUUUAAAUAUAUCUUUGUCUGCAUUCUGAUCACUUUUGUCACAUCAUGUAUAAUCAGCAUAGCACCCAUCAGCAUUGAUGAGUGCAAGUGUGAAACAAAUGCACAAUCAAAUCAACAUGUUAAACAAAUAACUGAUGAAGCUAAUAAACAUAAGAAAACAUCUCAGCAUCAAUUAGCUAUAUUGGUGCCAUUCAGGGAUCGUUUUGAGGAACUGCUGAUGUUUGUACCGCACAUGCAGAAGUUUUUAGACAAACAGGAUAUAAAUUAUCAUAUAUUUAUAUUAAACCAGGUGGACAGGUAUAGAUUCAACCGAGCGUCUCUCAUAAAUGUAGGCUUCCUUGAGACAGAGAAAGCAUAUGAUUAUAUUGCAAUGCACGAUGUAGACUUAUUGCCUAUGAACGAUCAGUUAUCCUACGCUUUCCCAAGUACAGGACCCCAUCAUAUAUCAUCACCAGACUUACAUCCUCGAUAUCAUUAUUAUACUUUCAUUGGUGGUAUAUUACUCAUUAAAAGGGAACAUUUCCUGCAAGUAAAUGGCAUGUCCAACAAAUAUUGGGGCUGGGGUCUUGAGGAUGAUGAAUUUUAUGUUAGACUGAAAGAAGCUGGUCUAAGCAUCAGCCGACCACAGAAUGUAUCAACAGGAACACAUAAUACAUUUAAGCAUAUACAUGAUAGAAAUCAUAGAAAGAGAGAUAUGGUGAAGUGUUACAAUCAACGUGAAGUUACUAGAAAACGUGACCGACAGACUGGCUUGAAUAAUGUCUCAUAUAAAAUACAGGAUACAAUUAAAAUGACUAUAUCAGAUACUCCCUUAACAGUGAUCAACAUUUCCUUACAAUGUGAUAAGUCAAGUACACCUUGGUGCGAGUGCGAGAAAUUAGCUGGAUCAAAGGAUACGAGAUCAAAAGAGAAAAAGAAGGUUAACAAUAGUAAAGUCGCCACCGCGUUGUAAUUAUAAUGCUAGUAAUUUAAUUGUUAACAAUACUAGAUAAUUAAAUAUACUCGAAGAGCA